AUGGCCUACUCUAACAACGUUGGAGACAUCGUUCAUUUGAACGUCGGUGGGACGAAAUUUUCUACGUCACGGCAAACUCUGACUUGGGUUCCAGAUACGUUCUUUACAUCUCUGCUAAAUGGACGUAUAUCAAGUUUGCGUGAUGAAACGGAUGCCAUUUUCAUCGAUCGCGAUCCGAAACUGUUCAGUUUGAUACUAAACUACCUACGAACAAAGGAAAUCGAUAUCAAAUCAGUUGAUAUUCGCGUAUUGCGUCAUGAGGCCGAGUUUUACAAUAUUGCUCCGUUGAUCAAGCGACUUAUGCUGUGCGAGGAAAUGGAUCAGUCCAGUUGUGGCGAUGUACUGUUCUAUGGUUAUCUUCCAGCCCCUAAUAUUCCCAUCCAAGAGAUUCCGAUCGGUAGCUCGAUAAGUGCAACUUCCGCAAGCACAUAUGCGGCGAAUAACUCUCCAGCGCCAGCCAAACCGCAGGAAUCUCUCCCUGGUCCGUCAAACGGCCAGCAUAGGUUACAACAACAACAACAGACGCAAUCGCCGGUAAAUCAGCAGUACAUUAAUGCGAACAGUCCCGCAGCUUCAUACCAUGGUGCAGCAUCUGGCAAUGCACCGGGGGGAACAUGUCAAGGCAAUCCACGACCCGGCUCGAUGGUUCGUGUUCCAGAAUUUCCACCAGGCCCAGCGGGUCCAUGCACUAGCGGUUCGACCAACGGUGCAGGAAGUGGAGGAGGUUCAGUGGCGGGCGUGUCCGGAACAGGUGGUGCCGGUGGUAGCAAUUCUUCAAGGCAUGCGGGACAUUCGCGGAAUUCGUCCUGGGAUUUACGCGUUUCGUACAAUGGUAAUGGUAACCGUAAUUCGCAAUGGAUGCCGGGACAUUCCCGUACCGCUUCGCUUGAUAUGAUGCGCCACUCGCGAAACUCGUCCUUCGAUCUGAACAAAUGCAUACGCAAUGACGUAGGGCUGCUUUUUGGUCCUGGCACGACUGGAACCGGCUGGGCCGACCCAAUGAGGGUGCAGAUCAUUAAUGCUCACCACAACUGGAUCUCGGUUGCGUACGCUCACUUCGUUACCUGUUACCGCCUGAAGGACUAUUCGGGCUGGCAGCAGAUCUUCGUCUCACCCUACAUUGAAACUACGAUCGAGCGUAUCGCGAUUAACGCGAAGAUGAAUUUGGCUACCUCGGCCGGCGAACAGUCGCAUAGCAAGAUGGUUGCAAUCUCGUACGGCAGUCAGAUCAGACUGUGGGGAAUCUCAGAAGACGGCAGCAAGGCUGAAGUGGGCACGUUUAAUUUGCACGUGCGCGUCGAGUAUCUAUUCUUCAUCGGGAGCCAGCUGGUGGCUCUUUCCUCAUCUGGCAAAAUCGGUGUUUGGCACGCAAUGACGCAGCACUGGCAAAUACAGGAUCUGGUGCCUAUUCUUUCCUUCGAUACGGCCGGUUCGUUCCUACUGUUAGGAUGUAACAAUGGAUCCAUCUAUUACAUCGAUAUGCAGAAAUUUCCUCUUCGCAUGAAGGACAACGAUUUGCUCGUAACGGAACUGUAUAAGGACCCAUCCAACGAUCACAUUACGGCUAUCUCCGUGUAUCUGACUCCGAAAACGACAACCGCGGAUCGUGUGAAGGAAGGUCUUUCGGGAAAUUGGAUCGAAAUUGCAUACGGAACCCGAUCGGGCUCGGUUAGAGUUAUCGUCCAGCACCCGGAAACCGUAGGGCAUGGACCACAGCUGUUUCAAACAUUCACCGUACACCAGAGCCCGGUGACAAAAGUAACGUUGUCAGAGAAGUUCCUGAUCUCAGUGUGCAGUGAAUACAACCACGUGCGUACCUGGCAGGUACCACGUUUUCGUGGUAUGAUCUCCACCCAGCCUGGCUCGACACCUGAGGCAUCGUUUAAGAUCGUCUCGCUGGAAGCCGUUGAUUCCACGUACAGCUACUCCGCUGGGAACGAUUUCGGCCCGUUUGGCGAGCAAGACGAUGAGCAAAUAUUCGUGCAAAAGGUCGUACCGGAUACGGAUCAGCUGUACGUGCGACUCGCUUCGAACGGUGAACGUGUUUGCCUAAUACGUUCCGUCGACGGCACAACGAUCACAUCGUUCUGUGUGCAUGAAUGUGAAGGAUCGCGCAUGGGUUCAAGACCGCGACGCAUCAUCUUGUCCGGUCACUGUAACGGGGCAAUACAGAUGUGGGAUCUCACAACCGCGCUUGAGAUUUCGAAAAAGAAAGAUCAACCAAAGCGAACCGUUGGAGGUCCGACGGCCGAUGAGCUGAUCCGAGAACUGGAUCAAUGCGAUUUAAGCAACAGUCACUGUUCGACACCAUGUAUGUCUCCUUGUCCUUCGGCUCUCUCCAAUAGCAUCGAAUCCAGUACGGUGGGUCGGCUAAAACCUUUUAACGUGGCGUUUCUGAACCAAUCGGCAGCUGCGUCCGCCUCAGCUGGGCUAAGUAGUCAUGCUGUACAGCCGCAAGGAGUUGCAGCAGGAUCGGCUGCCGUCGCCGUUUUGCCAUCACCUGCCGUACCUCUGCCCAAUCAACCGAACUGA